AUGAUGGAUGCACCACUUGCGGAGCGUCCACUGGCCCCUGGAGCUGAAGCUGCCCCGGAGACUCCAGUUGCUCCAUCUGCUACUCAGGGCAAUGCCACGGCUCCAGCAGCGUCGAACCCACCCGAGGCCACCAGUCACCCUGGACUCACCAGUUUCUCGUGGUUGGAGCCUCACCCCGAGCUGGUAGUGAUCCUGGUUGGCAAAGACGAGGUUCCUUUCGGCUUGCAGAAGAACUUUCUCUGCGCAAAGUCAUCCUACUUCCGCGAGAAACUUGCCGCCAGGGACGACGUUGAGUACCUCGAGCGGCUGCCCAACUGCCCAGUCGAAGUGUUCGGCUUUGUCCAAAACUUCCUGUACACUGGCGCGGUCAUCCCUGAUGAGAACACCUUGCCAUCCUACGAAAUUCUGAUCGGAGUCUGGAAGCUGGGACAUGAGCUUCGCAUAGACGGUCUCUGCGACCAUACCCUCGACGCCAUGUUAGAGGUGCGGCGGGCUACCACGAGGAUUCCUUCCACUCCGCUCCUGGUACAGGUGUGGAAAGAUACCCCAGAGGGAUGCUCCAUCAGGAAGCUGCUCCUUGGUUGGGCGGCAGAGUACAUGCACACCUCCGACUCCAAGGCUGAAUUCGCCAAAUCGUUGCCCCAAGACGUGCUUAGCGAACUGGUGGUGGCCAUGGUCCCAUCAGACACGUCCCCACUGGUCCAACUCGGCGGUGAUUCCCAUCAUCCAAAGACUGCAAAUCCCCCACGGAAGCAAGUCCACUAUGUUGAUCAAAACGAAGACGAGGAGCCAGACUCACUUUACCCAGUCAAGAAGCCCCGCCGUUCUGACCCUUUUCCACAAGCACCAACAGCCCCCAAAGCGGCUGUUCUCGGCCCAUUCAAGGAGCCGGUUGAUGCCAUUGUUGACAACGUACCCGACUACUUUGAGAAGGUCACCAAGCCAAUGGACCUCAGUACUAUGAAGAACAAGAUGGAACAAAACCAGUACACCAGCGAAGAGGAGUUUCUUGCCGACAUGAACCAAAUUUUCACCAAUUGCAAGACCUACUGGAAACCGACCGACAACGUGUACGCAGCAUGUGAAAAACUUGAGAAGACCUUUUUGGAGAAGUACUCCCAGAUGAACAAGUGGCUUGCUAAGAUGGAAGGCGAGGAUAAUUAG